GAUGGAUGUAUUUCCCAAAAGCUCUUGCUCCGGCCAGGAAUAAAGGCUAACUGCUGUUACUAAUACUAUACUAGCUUAGGCUGUUUGGGAAGUUCCAAACACCAGCUUGGUACAGAUCUAUCCUUGGUUAAGGCGUGUCUCACUCAAGCCGCCAAACAAGUCCCUUGAAACGAUUUUUUUUUUCUUUUCGCUCCUUUCUUCCACAGUUACCGGAAUUUUGAGCAGAGCCUUGGAGUGCAAAACCGAAAUGCAGAGUGUAAAGCGUUUGGUAUCAAGGCGUAGUCGUCAGAGUCUAAUCCAGUGUAAGAGAAGCCUCUCCUCGCUUCCAAUCAAUUCCUAUGCUGAUGAUCUUCAAAAUGAUGUGCUGGUUGAAGGCAGAGCUAGCUCUCGAAUAGCGAUUCUUAAUAGACCUUCGUCUCUCAAUGCUCUCAAUACUAAUAUUGGUGCUAGGUUGCAUAAAUUAUACGCAUCUUGGGAAGAUGAUCCGGAAAUUGGAUUUGUGGUCUUGAAGGGCAAUGGCAGGGCAUUUUGUGCUGGUGGGGAUAUUGUUUCUCUUUAUCAUUUGAUAAAUGAAGGGAAGAUAGAAGAGGCUAAGGAAUUUUUCAGGACGGUAUAUAGUUUUAUAUACCAUGUAGGUACUUAUUUGAAGCCGCAUGUGGCUAUUUUAGAUGGCAUUACUAUGGGUGGUGGAGCUGGAGUUUCUAUACCUGGGACAUUUCGGCUUGCAACUGGUAGAACUGUUUUUGCUACUCCUGAAACUCAGAUUGGUUUCCAUCCUGAUGCUGGGGCAUCUUUUUACCUUCCUCGUCUACCUGGUCGCUUAGGGGAAUACUUGGGACUGACAGGAGAAAAACUCAGGGGAGCUGAAAUGAUUUCUUGCGGGCUUGCAACACACUACUCACACACUGAGAAGCUUCCAUUGAUUGAUGACGAGCUUGGAAACUUGGUAACUGACGAUCCUUCUGUCAUUGAAUCUUCUUUGGAGAAAUAUAGUGAUGUACCCUAUCCUGAAAAGAUCAGUGCACUGCACAGGAUUGAAAUGCUUGAUAAAUGUUUUGCCCAUGACACGGUUGAGGAAAUUAUGGAUGCUUUGGAAAGUGAGGCAUCUGCGACAAAUGAUGCAUGGUGCAAUUCCACAUUAAGGAAACUUAAAGAAGCUUCUCCAUUGAGCUUAAAGGUAUCCUUGAGAUCGAUACGAGAAGGCAGAUUUCAAACCUUAGACCAGUGCUUGGCCCGUGAGUACCGAAUGACCUUACAAGCGAUAUCUAAGCAAAUCUCUAGCGACUUCUGUGAGGGUGUUAGAGCACGAAUGGUGGACAAGGACUUAGCACCAAAGUGGGCACCUUCGAGCUUGGAAAAAGUGUCUAACGAUAUGGUGGAUCAGUACUUCGCACCCCUCAGUGAGUCAGAGCCAGAUCUAGAGCUCCCCACGAAACAGCGAGAAGCAUUUAACUAGUUGCAGAUGGAUGAAGGGUUCUCAACCCU